AGCCGCGUCGCCGACCGCGGCGGGGCCCGUCCGAGUACGUCAUCCCGCUCCUCCGCUCGCCCUCGGAGAGAGGGUCUCGCUUCGUCGAGGUGCGGCUCGAUGCCUCGGCUGACCCGCACAGCGACCUGUCUUCCAUCCGACUGCUGGAGCUGCAGAUCGUGGCCAACAGCACAGGCCUGUCCUGGCGCCGGUGCCUAGAUGACUUGGGUCGACCUACUAGGCAAACCUGGACCGACAUGACUCGAUGCUACCACCUGUUCAACGAGUCUUUGACUGCAAAAGAAGCUGAAGACGCCUGCCACACGAUCAGCUCCGAUGGCACCCUGUUCCAACCCGACGAUUCCGGACUGCUCAAUAUGACGGUCGGUCUACUCAGCUCCUUGCCGGCGCCGGCGCCCACGGGUCUGGACGACUACGUCUGGGUCGCCGGAGACCGCAACGCUGCCGACGGUACAACGUCAGAGUGCCGAGAGUUCGUGCGGCAAACUGGCCGUAUCACACCGGCGCAUGACUGCGGUGCCAGGAACUGGUACAUCUGCCAGAGACCACCACGCCUCUGUGGAAGCCCGGCUCAGCAAGCGUCACUGAUCUACAGCAAGACCAUGGUUGCUGCGGAAGGUGCAGUCAUCAAUGUUACCUGCGACGACUCGCCAAGGACCAACGGUCAAAUCCGGUGCAAUGCACCGAAAUGGUCCCGGCCCACCUUCUGUGAUUCCAAGAUGGAGGCGAUGGUUGAGCAGAAUGAACUGGGUGAACGUGGAGAAGCGAUGCCGAAGAUGACAAUUCGCCGGAAUGAGCUUGAUGAACGUGAAGACCCGAUGCCGAGGAUGACAAACUACCUUGGUGCUGUCCUCGGAGGAGUCAUUGGUGGCACAGCCCUAUUAGUGCUGUUGGGUUCCGCCAUGUUUUGCACCGGGAGGCGACGUCGAGGCGAAGCACGCCGGAAGCGCCGGAAUGGGGCCGCAGGCGUGCAAGCCAACAACAUGGAGCUGGUACUCCUCAACGAAAACCCAACAUACAUGCCCAUUACUGACAGCGUAUACAGCGAGAUCGACGACGGCGAGGCGAUUUACGAGGAGCCCAGCUUCUCUGCGGAGCAUCACACAACGCGGCAUUCACCAGAGCCUCCUCCGCUACCUGCGUCGCCCCCGGGCUGCAGCGUUUCCGACGCCGAUGGAACUCUAGCGCCGCUCAUCGCGGACGAGCCUGAGUACGAGGUGUUCCCUGACGACGAUCAACCCAUCAAGCUGCCAAACCACGCAACAGAUGUGAAUCUCAUCACUGACCGUGCUCUGAGCCCAACAGAACUCAUUGGUGCUGAGCAGACAAUGCCAGGCUAUGCGAUACCCCUAGUGGACGGCUGUAUGCCAGCCGGCAGCGAGAGGAACCUCAGCUUCGAUAGUCAGCCGACAGGCGGCGGGACGGCAGCGAUGAUGGGCGCGAGAGAUGACGAUUAUGCCGAGCCGUUUGAUGUCGAGGGAUAUCAGGGAGAGGGGCGCCGUAGCGCUGCAAACACGGCCGGGGCUGCAACAUCCAAGAACGGACAGGAUCCUGACCAUGGGCAUGACGAACCCUGACACCAUACUUCCUGAAUGUUAUGCAUGCAUACGUUUGACAACGUCGUCACGCAUAUGUAAAGCAUACUUGCCACAAUGUCCCUGGAACCGUCGGGGUGACUUACCGCACUUCAUGCAUCCAAAGGCGGCUUUUGGGUAUAGCCGGUUGCCUAUGUCUCUACCAAUUUAGGCCUCAGGGUUGCAGAGAUUAUGUCUGCAGAGAUUAGACACAAGUCUACUCUGAUCACCCAUUAUCAAAGGAGGGUAUCGCCACGGAAUAAAAUACAGCUGAGCAAUGAACAUGAGAUGUAGCGUCCGAAUCGUGCCAGAUUGACAGGCACACUAGCACGUUUCAGUUUCUCCAAACCGAGUAACUCGGAAUCAGGUGGGGGUAAAUCACACAGUCACGGCCCAAGCUAUACGAAAAGGAGCGAGACAACGGAAGCAGCCUUGCACAAACCAGAGACCCACGCUGGCUGUCCAUGUGUCCUCAGAUCCCUAUCCUCAUUCGAUGGCCGACACCCUGCCUAGGAACGCGACGACGAUCAGUCAUUUCGGACGGUCAAUAUUUCGUGCUUGUCGAUGCUAAUCUUACCUAAAUGUUGACCAUAAAGGUAUUGCGUAGCGAAGAUGGUGCAGCAAUAUGGUCAACCUAAUGAUUGACCAUAAAAGUGUUGUGCAACGCGACGUAUAGCUGGCGUAUAGUACGUCCUAAAACUGUACUAAUAUUGCUGCCGAAGGUUAUUGUUUAUCUUGUGAUGGCCUCCAGUGCCUCCAGGUCAGCGAAAUAGGUCGUACAACUGUAUGACUUUGCAUUCCUGCCAUGAGUUCUGAUGUGAGGUACGACUUCCUGUCGACCCAGAAGCCCAUACGCGGUUAUGCUUGUACAGCUUUUUGCUUGACAGUACUAAAAAAUAAAAAAAAACAUGUCGGCUUGGAGUUUCAAUUACAAA